AUGAGUAAAGAAUUCAUAUUUGUAUCAGAAACACCUGAGCGUCGGGAAGCAAGAUCAAAGAGAGAACCAAACAUGUUCAUAAUGUUUCGAAAAAAUAUGAUGAAACAUAAACCACCUAACAUGACCAUGAGGCAAUAUAGUAAAUUAGUAUCUAAAUGGUGGGAGAAACUUUCAAUCGACAAAAAAGAUGAAUUGCGAAGGCAAUAUCAAAUUCAAAGAGAUCGGAAAAAAGAAAAAGGACGUAAUGAACAUCGUGUAAAUUUCAACACAGUCCAAACGCAAGUGCCGGCAGAUAUAACUUACUUGUAUUGUGAAUGUGAAGAGUAUGUCUAUGCAUCUAUGAAUACUUAUAGUAAUGAUUAUAUGCUCUACCCACUUCCUUUGGACCAAAUAUUUGAACAAGCUAAUUUUUCUCUCCCUUUUGACCAAGAUCAAUCCAAUUUUUCUCUCCCUUUUUAUCAAGAACAAGCUAAUUUUUCUCUCCCUUUGGAAAAUAAUGAAAAUAAUGAUAUCUGUUAUAUAUCGAGAUCCUUUUAA